GCUAUCGAAGGAAGGCGCACACAGAAGAAACACACGGUGUUCGUCCGGUUUUUUUUUCUUGGCUUUGACGGUCCGGUUUCGGAAUUGAUGGUUUGAGCUUUGAGCCCGCCGAGAGUGAAAACGACGACGACGUCGCGCGCGCUAUCCAAUUUUGCUCCGUUGUGUAACAGUUUGGUGCAGCCGGGUCACGGUUUGUGGAUUUUUGCUGAUUUUUGUUUUUGGGGGUUGAUCCCAAUUGUUUUUUUGUUGUUGUUGCUUCGGGUUGAUUUCGGCUUCUGUUGUUUUUGGCAAGUGAGCUGUUACCGUGUGCUGUUAUUGGCAGGUUUCUUCCUGUUAACCCAGUCGGGCGAGCAAGCGUGUGUUUCCGGUUUGUGUUUUUGAGAAAAAGAAAAAAAUCGAGUGUGUAGGCGAACUUCGAGUUAAGCUUCGGAUUGUUGAAGGUGAAGAUAUUUGGAGAUUUUGUGAUUUACUGAACGAGCCUAACGGUUAGAAAAAAAGUUAGACGUGUUAUCUGGAGCCAGUUGAAAGUGAUCCUGUAAUCUAGUGGAGCGCUUGUGAGCGAAAGUUGUUUGAACCUGAGAGUGGAUUGAAUCCCGAAAAGCUAAUCAUCAAGAAAGUGCCGCCAAUUUUAGCUGCAACAACCUUAGCAGCGAUAAAGUAAUUAAAAGCAAAACUGCAAGGCGCAUUGAGUGAAAAAAAAAUCAAACCUAGCGCUUCCGAUCGUGAGGUGAAUUGAGGCAGCAUAAUAAGUGCCGGAGAUUGAAUGGUGAAAAAAUCACCAACCACGACUAACGCUAGAAAACACAAAUCAGCAACAAGUAAACGAGUUAGUGAGUAAUGAAUGAGUGAGUGAAACAAAGCAGACGAAGCAAAGUACGCUGAAAGAGAAAUUUAGCAAACCCAAAAUCAAUCGAGGUGGAAGCGGGGAAUCAUCAAUGGUUGGUGAAAUAACGAUUUGUUUUAAGACAGAGUAGUGAAAAUCUUGAUCCGAAAAAAAAACCGGAAGAAAAUUCAUCGAACUAAUUUAAUGUGUUGCAUUCGGAUGCUGCAGCAAUAAGCCGUUUGGGCUGUAGAAAAAAGAAUUAACUAUCCAGUGUUGCAGCUGCAGGACUUCAAAACUUGGUGUUUCGACCCUGAGGUCAGCAUCUUGGAAGUUGCUUGACCUCGAUUUGUUUCCGCGCUGCAGAGCUAGCUUUUCCGGCUAAAGUUUAUUGUGAGCUGUUAUCGCUUGGGCUCCCUCGAGGCCACCCUACCGCGUGAGAUGGUAUCAAGGCGAAAGAUUCUGUCCCGUUCGCGGGACGAUCUGAACCUGGACUCGACGUUUAUCGCCCAGGAGGAAGAGGAAGACGUCUGGUACCAGAAGGAAAAACUCUAUAAGGAACACAUCCAGGAGGUCCUGGACAAAUGGACACAGAUCGAUGACGAGAUUUGGGCAAAGGUGAUCGUCUUCGAGCGAAAUCGCCGAGUGGCCAAGGCAUAUGCCCGCGCUCCGGUGCUCACAAUCAACGGUUCCGACGAUGGCUUCGAUGGCAUGAGAAUUGGCCUGUGCGGCUUCGACAAUCCGAUGCGAGAUCACAAAACCGAGGAAGUCAAAAGACACAUCGGACAGGGUGUUAAAAUCAAAAUGGACGACGCCGGUAACAUCCUGAUCAGGCGCUACUCCAAGAGCAACGUCUAUGUCAAAAGCACAGCCAGUCAGCCGAACGAGGAAACAGCCAUCGGAGCCGAUAUCCUGAAGCUACCGGGCCAGGCCAUCGAGCAAGAAAAGAUUGUAAAGUUAUUCGAUAUGAAAAAGUUCCAGUCGAACGUCAAUCGGGAGCUACGCCGGGCCUAUCCAGAUCGUCGUCGCCUGGAGACACAGUGCCUGUCGGCGAUUGCCUUUGUCAAAUCGGAAAAUGACGUCCUGGAUUGCCCGGUUUGGGUCCUGAUCAUCAACGUCGUCGCGAUGGACAUGCUGAAAAGUAAACUACCUCCAGUUCAUCGCCCGGUGGACAUAAAGAAUCGUCCGCGAAUCCCGAUCCCAGAUGAGGACCCGUACAGUGUGGCCGGCAACGGAGGCGGAAGUUCGGGCAGCUCCGGAUUUGGGGCCAGCGGCAGCGGCAUGGUUGGAUCUUCUCGGGACCAUAUGGGUGGCGUCCCCGUUGGCAUGCAAGGACAACCGAUGGGCGUAGGCGUCAUGGGAGGUGUCGGAGGAGGGCAGCGGCGCAGCGAGAAGCCACCGAAACUGCCGCCGCGGGACAAUCUGUACGCGUCACACGAGAUCGUGAAGCCCGAUUACGAUGACAUCGAGGACGACAACCGCGUCAAGCUGCCGCGAGGAAAAUCGGACAAAGGCAAAGAUAAUAAGAAAUAUGAUGACCCAUACUACUGCGGACUGCGAGCUCGGGUGCCAAACUUUGUGAAAACGUCGUCCAAAUCGAAGGAAAACAACAACAACAGCAACGUGGCCAACAACAAUAACAACAGCAGCCGAGACGUUCCAGUCGGAAACGGAAAGGACGCCAUCGCCAAGCGGAUGUCGAUUGCCCAUCUGCAGCAUCCGUCGUCGCUGCAGUCGCUGCACCAGCUGCACCAGAUGCACCCGCAUCACAACCUGAUGGCGGCCCACCAGCACCACCAGCAGCUGAUGUGGCACGCCCGGAGCUACGAGAGCGGCAUCGAUACGGACGUCGUCGAGUCUCCCUAUAGUCACAUGUACGGACGCGUUCCGCUGCCAACCCGGGGCUACAUUCCGGCACCGCGUGCAAUGUACAUCGGCGAAUGGGACUAGGUCACAGCCCCCAAACGAGGGUUCUGAAUUGCAAUCAGCUUAAAACAGAAUUGAGAGACAAAAAAACACUAGCCAAGACUUUGCAACAACAGCAAAAUACAGCUGCAGCAGCAGUACAUACCGAUAGUCGUCGUUGCACACAUUUUAUCACUUUUUCACUUAUCUUCCGGUCAAUGUAUUGCAUCCGGUUUGGUGACCGGAAGUGUUUCCCAAAAAUGGCAAACCACCUUUUUUUGGAGUUCUUUACUUUCUCUUGAGCUUCGUUUCUUCGGUUUCCAUUCUACUUAGAUCAGUAAGUGCGAAUGAUUCAUUUGGUUUGCCUCCUAUAAUAUACUUUUACCCCCUUCUUUCUCUGAGUAGUGUGUAAAUAUAGUUACGAGAAAGCGCAUGUAGGACCUAACUAGUGGAAGUGAUGAGUCAUCCAAUGCUCUGGCUGGACAGAUUGAUAGAUGACGGAUGGCUGAUUGUGAAAUUUUUUCAACAUGUCACAUUCAUCCCCCCGCAAACAUCUGGCUGGAUGAGAAAGACCUUAAAUAUUUUUAGCAAAGAAGGUUGUUACUUACUCCAAAAAUCUUCCAAACACCACUAAGCAAAAACUGAAAAAGCAAAUGACUCAAUUAACGCAACAACGUUGACAACGAUACUGCCAUUUUUGUUUUUUUUUUUCUUGCUAUUGUUAAACAUGUGAAAGUUUAGGAGAAUUUAUUUCGGCAAAAAAAAACUAUGUUUUGGAUAUUAUUUCGAUGUUGAACUUGAAGAAAGCUGUAAAUACGGAAAGAGGAUUUUGAUUAAAAAAAAAAAAGAAACACGAGACGAAAUUCGUUUAAGAAAUAAGUAACGUAGAAACGAGAGAUCCCAACCUUUGUACAUAUAGUCAAACUCUCAACCAAAUAGAUAAGGACUCAACAAGAAGAAACUCACAUUUGUUUUCUUGAAAAAUGGAUUUGUUUUUUAAACUCAAUCAUACGACUAAUGCUAGGAAAGAUGCCAAAAUCGUUGAUUGAAUUUCUCUUUUUUUCUUCGUUUAAAAGCCUGUAACUGAACUCGUCUGUAAGUUUUAACUUUUGCCGCUAGAAUUUUCCCCAACUUUCUUUUCUGUUUGUUAAUUAUUAGUGUAUCAAUGAGCUAUACUCUUUAAAAAUUAGCUUCAAAUAAAUGGUAGGAAAAAAAAGUCCAUAAUGUAGAAACGUGACAUUUUGUGGCAGAUUCGGAAAUCCAAUAACGAUGAAUUAAUACUCAAUAUCGAAACCGUGCUCGGGUCCGUUCCACUAAUUUCAUCAACAGAAGUUUAUUUCAAAGAAUUUUCAGAAGUCUGACUCGCCAGAUAAUUUCGUUUUUUACUCAUAUUUUCGUCUAUGCUUGAAACAUCUAGAAUGAAACAUGGCGCCUGUUAGCUCUACCUGACAAACGUCACUAGUCUUAUUUCUGCUGAUUUGUCAGCUGAGAAUCCACAAUGUUGCCAUGUUUCUUGCUUUCAAACCUUUGCCCACUUUUCUCGAUCCCAUCUUUGUAAAUUUGAUAAUCGAAUGGACCAGCACGGAUUUCGGCUUACACUCGAGAAAGAGAAGACAAUGAAAGAAAAAAUAUAUAGAAAACCUAACCUAUCUUUUAGAAAAGUGUAUAAAAUUAAGAACGAGAAUAUAAUUUGUUUAAACUUUUCCCUCCUCUUAGCAGAUGUGAAUGAAUGAACGAGCGAAAAGAGAGAAGAAGUAAGAAUCAAAAGCUUAGGCUCGAGAGAAAAAAAUCACUUCUUUUAAACUGUUCAGUGCGCCCCCUAGAUUAAUAGAUUAACCAUAUAUGAAAUAAAACACUGAACAGAGCAGCCAGAUGAGCUCGUAUUCAACCCCCUUCUAUGUAGUAAAUAGUAAGUCGAGUAGUAGGUAGUUUUCAAUAUUGUUUUGUCGUCCGGACUUCGGUGAAAGGGUCAAAAUUUGUUUUAACGCGAAAACAAGACAGAAGAAAAAAACAUACACUCAACUGUAAGAAAACAACGAAAACAACUGAUGAUCAAACUACGUCAUAGCGGUUUAAUAUUGAAGAAAGUGAACGCAAACUGCCAACACUGCUGGAAGAGAAAAAAAAUUGUAAAAGAAAAAUUCUACCGAGAAUAAAACAAAAAUAAAAAUAAACCAUGCAAACCAUGCUGGGGAAAAUGGCAAAUUACUUGAAAGAUAUCGCUUAUAAAAAAAAGCGAAUCACAAAAAAAACAUAUAAACUUUAACAAUUCAGCAAAGUAUAAUCGCAAUCAAAUGAGAUAUGUAGUAGAAUAACUUCACAGGAUAAUAUUGAAAUUAGACCAACUUAUCUUAUGUACUCUCCUCACUCAAAUCGUAAAUAAAUAAAGAUAAAUGGAAUAAAACCGUAAACAGUACCAACUCGCUUCAGAGAAAAAGAUCAAUUACACACAACCCCACUUUAUCGCUUUAUCAAUCGAUGAUCAUAUUGGACCAAUGCAAAGACAAAUUCUAGGGAAUUAUGUAAAACAAACGAAGAAAUAUAGAAAAAAAACAAUCAGCCUACGAAAUUAAAAUUGGGGUAGAGUAUUAUCUAAAGCAAAUAAAAAAAAAUGAAACAUAAUCAGAAACUGAAAAUGAUGAAAGUAUUUUACAAAUAAAUAAAUACAUAUAAAAAACAUAA